CCAAAAACUGCAGAAGUGCAGAUUCGCCUUUUGGCCUUGAGAGUAAUUUAGGCGUUUUAGCAAACUGACAGAAAAUUUGCAUGAACUUUUAUCAAAGCCUGUGAUUUCGGUGCAGAUGAGUUUUUUUAUUUGUGUCAUCAUAAACGCCAUAAUUUCAAAUAUUUACUCUAAAAAAACAAUAUAGCAAAAGUCAUAGCCUGAAGCAAAUUCCUUAUCAAUAAUUACACACACAAAAAAGGCAGCAAAUUUGAUAACAACGCCACUCCUCGAAGAGUUACUGUAAAAGGUUCGGCAUUGGCCCAGCGGUUGAUUUUGGUCACUUUUCGGUGUCACUAUUAUUUAAGUUUGAAAAAUGGAUAACCCUCGAAUGACUCCCUGCCUUGAUCUGCCCAUCGAUCAGAAGUUGCUCGAGGAAGUAGUGGAAAAAGCAAAAGACUGGGCGCUCAUGCACGGUGCUUGCAUGAGGUCCAAGACCAAUUUGAACACCGACAUUCUUCAGUUUGCACCGUUUGUUCUGCUACCCUCAACUUUUCCUCGGAAGGAGUUUGAAAAGGCCGUUGCUAUUCAGCCCAUUUUGAACGAAUUGAUGCACAAAGUUGCUCACGACUAUGAUUUCCUAUCCAGCAGCUUGAAAAGCACCAUAACCGUUGACCAGUUCACCAAAAAGCUUUUCGAGAUUUACGAAACUGUGCGGAGUGAAGGAAUAGCUCAGCCUGUGAGUUUGGGGCUGGUGCGCUCCGACAUUAUGUUGGAGUCCUCCUGCAUUGGCAGGGAGUGCGCCUCAGAUUGUUCGACUGCAGAAUCGGGCCCAUAUUGUUGCUGGAAGCAGGUGGAAAUCAACACCAUAGCCUCUGGGUUUGGCUGGUUAGGUCCGGCGUCCGGCCUGAUCCAUAGAUAUGUUCUUCAAGAACUCGGAAGGAUGGACAUGAUUAAAAAUCUACCAGAAAACAAAGCACUACAAGGCCUUUGCGGAGGAAUGCUUGAAGCAUGGAAAAUUUACAAGAAUAAUAAGGCCGUGAUUAUGUUUAUUGUCGAGGACGUGACCUACAACAUUUGUGACCAGAGAUUCCACGAGUUUGAGCUGCGCUCACAAAACCCGAAUGUGCCUGUCAUUCGUCGAAACUUGACCCAACUUUCUCAGUCGGCCAAGCUUGGUUCUAAUAAGGAGCUGAUUGUUGAUGGAUUGGAGGUUGCUGUGAUCUACUUCAGAGCUGGCUAUGAACCAGGUCACUACCACACGGAGAAAGAGUGGGACGCCCGUUUGCUGAUGGAGCGUUCGUUGGCCAUCAAGUGUCCCAGCAUUCAUUACCACCUGGCAGGAACAAAAAAGGUGCAGCAGUCACUUGCAAGGCCAGGUGUCUUGGAAAAGUUCCUCGCAGGGGACAAAACUUCUGCAGUCAAAGAAAUCUUCACUGGGCUGUAUUCUCUGGACAAGGACGAAUUUGGUGAAAAAGCAAUUCAAAUGGCCAUAGAAAACCCAAGCCACUUUGUGUUAAAACCUCAACGAGAGGGAGGCGGCAACAACGUCUACGGAGAAAACGUGCGCUCAGCUGUGCUAAGCAUGAAGGACACGGAGGAAAGAUCGGCAUGGAUCUUGAUGGAAAGAAUUUUGCCACCUUUGCAGCACAACUACAUGGUUCGGCCUGGUGACCCGAAGAAUGCUUGCCCUCCAAUCAGUGAAGUUGUCGGAGAACUUGGAAUUUUUGGAGUCGUGAUUGGAGAUGAAAACAUUAUUUCAACCAACAAGCAAGUGGGCCACAUGCUGAGAACAAAGCUGAGCACUGCCGAUGAAGGUGGCGUUGCUGCAGGGCUAGGGGCUUUGGAUAGCCCUUAUUUGGUUGACCUGUCCAGUUGCUGCGAGUGAAGUGAUAAAAGUAGGAGAUUAUUUCUUUAGCGAUUUUGCAUUCCUUUUAUGUUAUAAAAUUAUUAUGUGGAACGUUAUGUUUGUCAAUUUUAACAAAAUGUUAAGCGGUUUUGUCAGCACAGGGAUUUUGUAUGUUUCUUAUUCAGCAUGCAACUUAAUUAAAACUCUGAAAUAAAAUAAAAUUCUAUAGAAAACAAUUUCUCCAACUAUA